AUGCCCAAGAAGGUAAUGUUUAAUGCAAGUUCGUUGCGAGAGAUGAUUAAAUUGGCAAAUAGCUACGGUUUUACGACCACCGAAACCUUUGAUUGGAGCAUUUUGAAGAAGAAGCGAGAUGAGAUGGUGACUCGACUGAAUGGAAAGCAUCAUGCUGCUUUGGAUAAGUUUAAGGUCGAUUUCUAUACAGGCUUUGGCCACUUUGUUGGUCCUCAUCAGGUUCAGAUUGACGACGGAAUUGUUCUUGAGUCAGAAAUGAUCCUGAUUGCUACUGGAGGUAAACCUAUGAUUCCAGAUUUCCCUGGAAAAGAAUAUUGCGGUACAAGUGACACUUUCUGGGAUUUAGAGAAGGCUCCGACUCGUUCUCUUGUAGUCGGUGGAGGAUACAUUGCCGUUGAAAUGGCUGGCAUUCUCGAAACCCUUGGCUCCGAGACUUACUUGGCUUGCCGCUAUGAUACCCCCCUUCGAACCUAUGAUCCCUUCAUUAUCGACAUUUUAAUGGAGGAGAUGCGCAAACGAGGUGUUACCAUUUGCGAUCACAGCGUUGUUGACCAUGUUACCAAGAAGGAGAAUGGUAAACUGGAUUGCUACUUCAAGAAUGGAAACUGCGUGAAUGAUAUUGAUUUUCUUUUGAUGGCCGCAGGCCGCGUGCCCCUGAUCGACGGCCUGGGUCUCGAUAUUUGCGGAGUGGAAGUCAAAAACGGAAUCAUUGUGGUGGAUGAGCGCGAGCAGACUUCCGCUCCUGGUAUUUACUGCCUUGGUGACGACAUCGGCAAAGUCGAUCUCACCCCUGUGGCCAUUCAGGCUGGCCGUCGCUUAGCGGACCGUUUGUUUGGAGGCUGCCCGGAUUCGUUGAUGGACUACCAGAAUGUCCCGUCGGUCGUUUUCUCGCAUCCUGCGAUCGGCACUGUGGGACUUACGGAGCCGAAGGCCAGAGAAAUUUAUGGAGAGGACGUGAAGACCUAUCAGACGACGUUCGUAAACUCGCUCUACGCCUUAAGUGACGAGAAGCACAAGACUGGUAUGAAAAUCGUGUGCCAGAAAUCGACUUUGAAGGUGCUGGGAGUUCAUCUGAUUGGAGAUAACGUGGAUGAGAUGCUGCAAGGAUUUGCCGUAGCAGUUAAGAUGGGAGCCACUAAAAAGGAUCUGGAUGCUUGUGUUGCUAUUCAUCCCACUGCCGCAGAAGAAGUGGUUACAUUUGCUCCUUGGGGACAGUAUAAUUAAGUAGAAGUACAUGAAUAACUUGCUGGGGUGUUUGUUCAGUAAGCAAUGAAUGGGGUUUUUGUUCAGUAAGCAAUGAAUGGGGGUUUUGUUCAGUAAGCAAUGAA